AUGGAUCUUCGUGUCGGCGGCAAGUACCGCAUCGGUAAGAAGAUCGGUUCGGGUUCCUUCGGUGACAUUUACCUCGGCAUCAACAUCAUCUCCGGUGAAGAGGUCGCCAUCAAGCUUGAGUCCAUCAAGGCCAAGCACCCGCAGCUCGAGUAUGAGGCCAAGGUCUACAAGACCCUCGCAGGCGGUGUCGGCGUCCCCUUCGUCCGCUGGUACGGCCAGGAGUGCGACUACAACGCCAUGGUCAUCGACCUCCUCGGCCCUUCCCUCGAGGACCUCUUCAACUUCUGCAACCGAAAGUUCUCCCUCAAGACCGUCCUUCUCCUCGCUGAUCAGAUGAUCUCGCGAAUCGAGUACAUCCACUCGCGAAACUUCAUUCACCGCGACAUCAAGCCCGACAACUUCCUCAUGGGCAUCGGCAAGCGCGGCAACCAGGUCAACGUCAUCGACUUUGGUCUCGCCAAAAAGUACCGCGACCCCAAGACUCACCUUCACAUCCCCUACAGAGAGAACAAGAACCUCACCGGUACCGCCCGCUACACCUCGAUCAACACCCACCUCGGCGUCGAGCAGUCGCGACGUGACGACCUCGAGUCCUUGGGCUACGUCCUCAUGUACUUCCUCCGCGGCUCGCUCCCGUGGCAGGGUCUCAAGGCCGCCACCAAGAAGCAGAAGUACGACCGCAUCAUGGAGAAGAAGAUGACCACCCCCACCGAGCUCCUCUGCCGCGGCUUCCCCUCGGAGAUGGCCAUCUACCUCAACUGCUGCCGCUCGCUCCGCUUCGACGACAAGCCCGACUACUCGUACCUCCGCAAGCUCUUCCGCGACCUCUUCGUCCGCGAGGGUUUCCAGUACGACUACGUCUUUGACUGGUCCAUCCAGCAGCGCUCCGAGGACGCAAAGGUCGAGCCCUACGUCAAGCAGCAGGCUGCCGUCCAGCAGCAGGCCGCCGCACAGCUCCCCCGCCGCAAGGUCCUGCCUCAGGAGGGUGACGACGCCGUCAACAACGGCAUGGACACCACCCGCGCUGCCCACGGCACCGCACGUCCCGCCGACAAGGCCUACAUGGCUCAGAACCUCGCCGGCUCCUCUCGCCCUCUCAAGCGCGAGGACCAGCCCUACUACUGA